AUGAUGGACGCUCAGCCAAACAACUACCCGUACACAAUUGUGCGCAUCAAGCGCAAACGCACGGAUGAACCACUCGACGCGCUUGUUCUUAUUGUGACAUCAGUCGUCGAGUCUCGGGUUCGCAGAAAGAAGUCGAAAGGUGGUCGCGAUGUUUUUCAGUUUAUUCAAACCGUCGAAGAGACCGUCUGGGAGGAUAAGCAACUGCAGGAGACGCUACAGAACCAAAUCUCGAAAUUGUCGCAAAACCACACUGAAAAUAACACCAAGCCCUCGGUACCUGCGAAUGUCUCGAAUCUGUCUGGGGCCCAACGCCAUCGGCAACUGGCUGAUGAAGGAAGACGCUACACAAUCGUUCCUACACGCGAAUCUGCUGAAAACACCAAGUUUGCUACGAGUCCUCCAAAGGUCAUAUCUGCGAAAGAUGUCCAAUCUCCAAGUGACUUCAGGAUGUAUGAUGCCGUUCCAGCUGAUAAGAAGCUUACGUCUCCCGUCUUUGACUCCGACAUGGAGAAAUUCCUACCCAUGCUACAGAAUUACUUGCGCAUGAAUGACGAGCCCUCACAAGUUCUCUCCGCUGCUCCCCCAGCGGAGGACUAUGUUUGGGACGUGUUCUAUAAGCGCCCUUGCACACUCAGCGAAUGGAAUUCAGUUGCCAAUAUCGGAACACUUGAAGGCCUUCCUCCCUCACUGGAUGAUCCUUACUCUAGUGACUCGGAGUCCGAAGAGGAAGAUGAUGCUGACGAAGACUCAAAUGCCGAGGAAUAUUACAAGAAUGACUAUCCAGAUGAGGAUGAUUCGGAUGACAGUGAGGGGAGUGAUAUAUUUCAUGAAAGCUCUGAAUCGGAAGAUGAUCUUCGGUACGACAAUCCGGACGAAGACAAUUAUUGGAGGUAA